AUGCUCUACUUUACCCUCUUCUCUCUUCUGUUCUUAGCGACGACUACCGCUCUUAACUUCGACUGGGAGCGCGAACAACUCACUGGCGAGGACGCGGCUCGCAAUCAAGCAUUGCGUUUUGGUAGUGCAUCGGUGACGGCGACGUCUGGUAGCUGUAAGAUCAUUCCACGUGACGCUGAGUGGCCGAGCGAGGAUGCCUGGGCGUCUUUCAACAAUACGCUCGGUGGUGCGUUGUUGAAGCCCAAGCCGCUUGCCAGUGUCUGUUAUGCUGGCGAGAGCUACAGUGCUGCAAAAUGCGACCAGUUGAAGGGGAGUUGGGCAGGCAUGAAUCUACACUCCGAUGACCCAGCAAGUAUCAUAUCUCAAUGGGCAUCUGGCAAUACAUGCACGCCAACCUCACAGCCAGACUCAAACUGUACCCAAGGCGGUUGGCCAGAGUAUGUUGUCAAAGCCACUACAGUAAGACACAUUCAACUCGCAGUCAACUUCGCUAGGAAUCAGAACAUUCGGCUCGUCAUCAAGAAUUCGGGUCAUGAUUUCAACGGGAAGUCCAUCGGUGGUUAUUCUCUUAGUGUAUGGACGCACAACCUCAAAGGCAUAGCGUACGACCCUAGUUACACAUCGCCCACUGGUUCAUAUACGGGAAGAGCGGUUACAUACGCCGCUGGUGUGCAGGCUUAUGAAGGUUCUACAUUGAUGCGACAGAAGAACAUGGUCAUGAUCGUUGCAGGAGGAGGGACCGUAGGUAUCGCAGGUGGUUUCCUCCAAGGUGGCGGACAUAGCUCCUAUACUAGUUAUUAUGGACUGGCCGCAGAUCAGGUGCUUGCCAUCACGGCUGUUACAGCCGAUGGUAAGGUGGUAGAAGCACAUGAGGGAGAGAACGCCGAUUUGUUCUGGGCUUUCCGCGGAGGUGGUGGAGGAACAUUCGGGAUCAUCACGUCUGUCGUCGUUAAAGCGUUCCCAGUCACGCCUCUAGCAUCGAGCAGUAUCCGUUUCUCGACCACACCCGACCGCGGAUCGACUGCGCCUCCGAUCUCCACGGAAACCUUCUGGGCUGGCAUGCGAGCGUACUGGGAAUUCUCAGUCGCCAUCUGUGAUGCAGGCGGCUUGGGUUACAGCUUCAUUUACCCUAGCAGUAGUACUACGGGGCUUACUUUCACCGUCAGUAUAUCUGUACCAAACCAAACUACAACAGAACAUCGACGUUUCGUGCGCCCGCUACUUCAGAAGCUAAAUGAUCUGGGUAUUCAACAGGCUAUGCCCACAGUAGAACGGUCUCUCACAUCUUCACCGUCGUAUCAAGAAGGAUACAAACACGAACCACCACAUCUCUUCAAAAGGGUACUGGGCGAAAUAACAGGCCACACAAUGAUAGCAUCCCGGUUCUUUCCUCGUACCGCCUUCUCCAAUACCUCUACUCUAGAUUCAUCACACCUCGCCAUCCGUCACGUUGUCGAAAACGGCUCCCUAACCUUCCAUGGCAUGAACUACGCACCUACCAUCUCGGUUUCUGGAAACCCCAACAACGCCGUGAACCCUGCUUUUCGCACCACAGUUCUACAUGCCCAAGCCUAUGAGCCAAACGCACACUGGGAUGGCCAAGCUCCCAUUCUCUCGCAUGAGGCGAUGACGGAAAGGCAUGAGAGGCUACAGGCCUAUAUGCAGGUUUGGCGGGGUGUCACGGUAGGGAGUGGAAGCUAUAUCAAUGAGGGGGACGCGCAGGAUUGGGAGUGGAAGGAAGCGUUCUUUGGAAGUAACUACGAUAAAUUGGCUAUAGUCAAGAAGAAGUAUGAUCCCGAAGGGUUGUUUUGGGCGAUUGGGGGUGUUGGCAGUGAUGAGUGGGAGAUCAGAGACGUGGAUGGUAAGAAGAGAGAGUGGAUCGUCACGCAGGAUGGCAGACUAUGCAAGGUAGGUCUGUAA